AUGCGGCCAUCAAUGCGCGUUCCUCUGCGAGAGGCAAGAUUUGUCUGCUCUAGCUGCAGGCCUGUAUCUGCUCCUCGUGUCUCGCCCCUCGGUCAAUUCCGCCGCUACGCCUCCGACUCCCCCGGCUUCCUCGAGCGCACUCGGCGCAAGCUCUGGGGCACCGACUCGCCUCCCGGCCAAGCGGACCCUUACACCGGAAGUCAGAUCUUGCCCGAGACUGGCCUGAGUGCUGGCGAAGAGAAGCCAGCCGAUGAGGACUUCAACCUCACCCAGCGUGAUGACCAACUGGACGUUGACAACUUGAACUGGAACGAAUUGCCUCGAAUUGGUUAUUUGCCGAAGAACGAAUGGAAGAUCAAGGGCUCCAAGAAGGGUGAUCGUGUCACACCGUGGUAUCACAACAAAAACCCCCUUAUACAAUCACAGGCUGUACACCAGGCUGCAGUGGAGAUUGCCCUCGCCCAGAUUGUGGGCAAGAGGUACUCAGCAGAAGGUCUUGACCUUCCUCGUCAACAUCUCCAACAGUGCAAGUUCGAAGGCCAGGCUGAACAAUGGGGCGACCGACUUCGUUUCCCAAACGCAAAGGUCAUGUUCAAUCUGCUGAGUAAAGCUUCAGGAAGUUCCGGCAGAUCCCGUUCCCUGAAGUCACUCUUUUCAGCACUGGAAGAGUCUGGCGAUAACCACCCCGCUGUGUACAAGCAAACUCCCGACAAUGAAGCGCAGAGCACAAUUGAUUCUCUCUCGCUUGCCGAUGGAAAGACCAAGUUCGCUUUCUUCUCGCGCGUUUCCAAGCUGAUGUCUCAGCGCCUUUCGGACUCGAUUCUCGGCCACUCCACUGUCGGAGAGGUCAAGUCAGCACACGAAGAACUCCUCAAGAAGACCGCUCGCUCAAACCCCGUAAUUCUUCACGAGGUGAUGAACAACAACGGUGCCGCCGACCUGCCCAAUGUCAAGAUUACGGAUGUCCGCCGAACUCGCCAUGACAAUGACGAAGAUCUCGGUCGCAAGAAGGCUAUUGUCACUGCUCUUUACACGAAUGGCUUGAUUAAGAAGGCUCUUGUGCCCCAGAAGCCCAAGCCCAAGUGGAUCAGAGAAAGCGCUCAAGCCAAAAAACUGAAGAAGAGCAUGGUUUAG